UUACUGAAAAUAUAAGAACAAAGUGUGUGAUCUGUAAUAACUAUCACUAUCUAGAAGUUUUAGCUCCAAAAAACAGAACACAAAGGAACAAACACACUCUCUACUUGUUCUUCUUCUUCUUCAUUCAUCUCAGAUGUGACAAAUUCAUUAACUAGUACUCCGAUCCAUAAAUCAAACUAUGAAAUCACCAAUCAAUGUCGAUUUUCUCAAAACAACCAACGCUCUCAAAAUCGUUGUUUUCUUCUUCAUUACCUUCACUUUCUUCUACUUAGGCAAACACUGGUCCGAUGGAUACCAACAACUCAUCUUCUUCACACAAAACUCCGACCCGGAUCCCAAUCAGAAUCCAAAUUCAGCUGUUUCAAUUUCCCCUAAUUUCAAUAAAAACUUCAACAUUUCCACCUUAAUCGAUCAAGAAAAAACCCUAACACAACCUCCUCCACCGUCACCGCCACCACCGUCACCACCGCCGUCGGAUUCGGUGGAGAAAUUCGGGAUCGUGAACGAGAAUGGAACAAUGUCGGAGGAGUUUGAAAUUGGGAGCUUCGAUCCAGCGAUGGUGGAUGAUUGGGUUAACGAAACGCAAGUUGAGAAGGAAGGUUCUGAGAGUGUUACGAAAUUUGCGAUCAAGAAAUUUGGGUUGUGUUCACGAGGUAUGAGUGAGUAUAUACCUUGUUUGGAUAAUGUAGAAGCGAUUAAGAAGUUGCCAUCGACGGAGAAAGGUGAGAGAUUUGAACGACAUUGUCCUGAAGAUGGUAAAAAGUUGAAUUGUUUGGUUCCUGCUCCUAAAGGGUAUCGUGCCCCAAUUCCAUGGCCCAAAAGCAGAGAUGAGGUAUGGUUCAGUAAUGUUCCUCAUACUCGUCUAGUUGAAGAUAAAGGUGGCCAAAACUGGAUUUCCAGAGACAAAGAUAAGUUUAAAUUUCCAGGAGGCGGUACACAGUUUAUACACGGCGCGGAUGAAUACUUGGACCAUAUUUCUAAGAUGAUUCCUGAAAUUACAUUUGGUCGGCAUAUACGAGUUGCUCUUGAUGUUGGCUGUGGUGUAGCUAGUUUUGGUGCGUACUUACUGCAACGGAAUGUCAUCACCAUGUCUGUAGCUCCCAAGGAUGUUCAUGAGAAUCAGAUUCAGUUUGCUCUUGAGCGUGGGGUACCGGCCAUGGUGGCAGCAUUUGCAACUAGACGUUUAUUAUAUCCAAGUCAGGCUUUUGACUUGAUACACUGUUCUCGCUGUAGAAUUAAUUGGACUCGAGAUGAUGGGAUAUUGCUGCUUGAAGUUAAUAGGAUGCUUAGAGCAGGAGGGUAUUUUGUUUGGGCUGCCCAACCAGUUUAUAAGCACGAAGAAGCUUUAGAAGAACAAUGGGAAGAGAUGCUUAAUCUGACCACUCGACUCUGCUGGAAGUUUUUGAAAAAAGAUGGCUACAUUGCAGUAUGGCAGAAACCUUUUGACAAUAGCUGCUAUUUAAACCGUGAGGCAGGAACUAAACCUCCUCUAUGCGACCCAAGUGAUGACCCUGACAACGUUUGGUAUGUUGAUCUAAAAGCAUGCAUCUCUGAAUUGCCUAAGAAUGAAUAUGAAGCCAACAUUACCGAUUGGCCUGCGCGUUUGCAAACCCCACCUAAUAGGCUUCAAAGUAUAAAAGUUGAUGCUUUCAUAUCCAGAAAAGAGCUUUUUAAGGCAGAAUCAAAAUACUGGAAUGAGAUAAUAGAAGCUUAUGUUCGUGCUUUGCACUGGAAGAAAAUAAGAUUAAGAAAUGUUAUGGACAUGCGAGCAGGUUUUGGAGGAUUUGCAGCAGCAAUGAUUACGCAGAAACUUGACAGCUGGGUUAUGAAUGUUGUUCCUGUCAGUGGUCCAAACACCUUGCCUGUCAUAUAUGACCGUGGAUUGAUUGGAGUUAUGCAUGACUGGUGUGAACCAUUUGACACCUAUCCGAGAACCUAUGAUUUCCUGCAUGCAGCAUACCUGCUCUCUGUUGAGAGGAAAAGAUGCAAUGUGUCAUCGAUUAUGGUUGAGAUGGAUCGGAUACUAAGACCUGGUGGACGUGUAUACAUCCGUGAUUCUCUUGCCAUAAUGGAUGAACUUCAAGAGAUUGCCAAAGCAAUAGGCUGGCACGCAUCACUCCGUGACACAGCCGAGGGGCCUCAUGCAAGUUAUAGGGUAUUGGUUUGUGAUAAGCAUCUGCUACGCGCUUGAAGCAAUGAGGUGGUAGCAUGUAACAUGUUAUUUUUUAUACAGUAAACCACAUAACAAGGCAAAUUAGUCAUUUGAGAAGUACGUGAAGAUGCAACUUGCAAGUGUAAAAGUAUCACUUCCUCACAAGAGGCGGUGAACAAUUGUUUAUUUAUUUAUACUACUGGGUAGGCAGGCACUUUAAGUAUCCCAAACAGCUGCAUACGUCAACUGCACCGUCUAACUUAUUUGUAUAAUUCAAUUUAUUUGUAUAAUAGUACAAACCUCUCCGUAGUGUAUCUGAUAUAUUAUUCAAUGAUGUUUACUACAAAGUCCAGUACCUGCUAUUCA